AUGGAGAUCUCCGAACAGAAGAUUAACAUUCCAGAUGAAACUGUGAAGGAAAAAUCUACGGUGACCAAUGGAGGAGGUAUACCGACAACGAAAUUGGCGUCUAUUCUUUAUCCAAGUUGGCAAACGUUCAUAGUAGUGUGGCAUUCUGUGUUUAUCUGUUCAUGUGUGCUUUCAGUCUUAGUGGAUCCCUUGUUCUUAUACAUCCCCAUUGUCAACGAAGAUAACAAGUGUCUCGGAUUGGACAAAAAGUUAAAGAAAGUUGUUCUUAUUCUGCGAUCACUCACAGAUGUAUUCUACCUGGUGCAUAUUAUUUUUCAAUAUUUUUAUGGUCAAACCUUAUGGGAGAAGAAAAUUAAGUGGGUUUUCCCAUUAAAGGGGAAGAUUUCCCGCUCAUGCAUCCAAAUUUGUUUCUUGAUAAUUGACAUUUUAGCGAUUCUGCCAAUUCCCCAGGUAGUAAUUUUCAUUUUUUUUACAAAAAUGAAGGGCCCGGCAUCUUUGAUUCUAAACUUUCUUAUUUUAUUUCAAUACCUACCACGAGUUCUUUGCAUCUACUUUGCAAUCCAGGAACUUUACUUACUUCCAAGAGGAAAAUGGGUUAAAGGUAUUUACCAAUCCUUUGCGAUCAUCGUUGUAAGUCAUGUGUUUGGAGCUCUUUGGUACUUUUUCUCUAUACAAAGAGAAACAGCUUGCUGGCAAUAUGCGUGUCAAAGUAAAAAUGGGUGUGAGGUUAAUAGUUUUGACUGUGAUGAUGAUCAUACAUUGAGAAAUAUCACACUCUUAAGUGAAUUGUGUCCUAUAAAUCCAUCAAAUGCAACGGUCUUCAACUUUGGUAUAUUUCUUGAUUCUCUUCAAUCUGGUAUGGUGGGGACAACUGAAUUUCGACCAAAAUUGCUGCACUAUUUCUGGUGGGGCUUGCGGAAUCUAAGUUCUUUUGGUCAAAAUCUUCAGACCAGCAACUAUGCAUGGGAGAAUCUCUUCGCGAUUUUUAUUUCUUUAACUGGCAUGCUACUAUUUUUAAUAUAUCUUCAAGGAAUUUUGCAGUCUGCAGCUACAACAACAAAGUUUAUGAAAAUGACGAGCAAGAGGAAUUUCGAGAUAAGAUUGUGGUUACGAAAAAUUGGCCUCCCUUUCAUUAUUAAGGAUAGGAUCCUGACAAGCGUACUGAACAAUCUUGACGAAAACAAAGAUAUUAAUAUUCAGAGUAUCGGAUCUGUUAUAUCCAUGGGACUGAUGUGCAAAAUGGCGAAACAUCUAUGGUGGAAUGUGCUAAAGGAAGUUCCAGGGUUUCAAACUAUGGAUGAUGGAUCAUUGGAAGCAAUUUGCAAGAAUUUUCAUCCCGUGUUCUAUGGUGAGGACAGUUAUAUUAUUCGAGAAGGGGAACCACUUGGUAAGAUGGUCUUCAUCCUGCAAGGCAAGAUAUUGACCUAUGCCACUAAUAAUAAUGGAACAAAUGGCUCAACAACAACCAUCUGUCUUGACAAAGGUGAUAUUUAUGGAGAAGAACUUGUAAAGUGGGCAUCAAAUAGUGUUACCUCCUCUUCUAACUUGCCCGUCUUGACAAAAGUCUCUCUUUGGGACUUACCCAUCUCGACCACAACUCUAAAGUGCUACACCGAAGUUGAAGCGUUCACCCUCAUGGCCACGGACUUGAAGAAGAUAGUCCAAGAAAAUAAAAAAUACCUUUAAUAUUGGGCCGGUGUGGCAUGAAAUUCUAUCAAGGAGUUGUUCU